AGGGAGCUGCCAGACCCCUUCUGCUAGGAGCCACCUGCAGUAGAUCCAGCCCUGUGUAUUGCAAAGACCUCCAGGGUUCCCACGUGCUGGCAGCGAUGAAGGCUGGGAUGUCGCUGGUGGGAAGCCAAGGCGUUGUCUCGGCCACUGAGGUCCUCCUGGUGGCUGCUGUCUUCUGCCUGGUCUUCCUCCUUGUGCAGUCCCUCCAGAAGCACGUGCCCAAGGGUCUGAAGAGCCCCCCAGGACCCAGAGGCUACCCCAUCCUGGGCAACGUGCUGGAGCUGAGGAAGGACACGCACCUGGUCCUGACCAGCCUGAGCCAGAAGUAUGGGGACGUGAUGGAGAUCAGGAUUGGCACCCGUCCCGUCGUGGUGCUGAGCGGCUUGGACACCAUCAAGCAAGCCCUGGUGAAGCAAGGGGAGGAGUUUAUGGGGCGCCCUGACCUCCACAGCUUCAAGUACGUUGCAGAUGGACAGAGCCUGGCCUUCAGCCCUGACUCGGGGGAGGUGUGGGCAGCCCGCAGAAAGCUGGCCCAGAACGCCCUCAAGACCUUCUCCAUCACUUCCAGCCCCACCUCUGCUUCCACCUGCCUCCUGGAGGAGCAUGUCUCCAAGGAGGCUGAGUACCUGGUCACCAAGUUCCUCGAGGUGAUGGGUGAGAAGAAGAGCUUUGACCCUAACCAGUACCUGGUGGUGUCGGUGGCGAACGUCAUCUGCGCCAUGUGCUUCGGCAAGCGUUACGACCACAGCGACCAGGAGCUGCUCGAUGUGGUGAAUGAAACAGAGCAUUUCAUUCAGGUGGUUGCUUCUGGCAACCCUGCUGACUUCAUCCCCCUGCUCCAGUACCUUCCCAGCCGCUCCAUGACCUUAUUUAAAGACUUCAACAAGCGGUUCCUGCAUUUCCUGCAGAAGAGGGUCAAGGAGCACUACCAGACCUAUGACAAGAACAACGUGAGGGACAUCACUGACUCCCUCAUUCAGCAGUGCCUGGAGAACAAAGUGGACAAGAGUACUGCCACUCAGAUCCCCAAGGAGAAGAUCAUCAACCUUGUGAAUGACCUCUUUGGAGCAGGCUUUGACACAGUGACCACUGCCCUGUCCUGGAGCCUCAUGUAUCUUGUGACAUACCCCAACAUCCAGAAGAAGAUCCAGGAAGAACUAGACCAGAGCAUUGGCCGGGAGAGGAGACCGAGGCUGUCGGACCGGAGCAUCCUGCCCUACACGGAGGCCUUCAUCCUGGAGGUGUUCAGGCACUCCUCCUUCCCGCCCUUCACCAUCCCACACAGCACGACCAAGGACACGGUGCUGAAUGGCUACUACAUCCCAAAGGACUGCUGUGUCUUUGUCAAUCAGUGGCAAGUCAAUCAUGAUGAGAAACUUUGGAAGGAUCCACUGACCUUCAACCCAGAGCGUUUCCUCAGUGCUGAUGGGACCAAAGUGAACAAAGAGGAUGGGGAGAAGGUGCUGCUCUUUGGCCUGGGCAAAAGGAGAUGCAUCGGGGAAAACAUCGCCCGCUGGGAGGUCUUCCUCUUCCUGUCCACCUUGCUGCAGCAGCUGGAGUUCAGCAUCUGUGCUGGUGAGCAGGUGGACAUGACCCCUCUCUAUGGACUGACCCUGAAGCACAAAAGGUGUCAGCACUUCCAGGUCAGGCAGCGCUUCCCCAUGAAGAGCAUGGCCUGAGCAGUGGCCUGAUCUGUUGGCCAAUAAGUGGCUCUCUAGCACAUCUGGGUCUGCCACUGCUUUAUGGGACAAGGCAAUAAACCAAAGCCAUUGAAGCUCCUCUCUUA